AACGCGAGAUUGGUAAUGGCCCUUCGCCUCCCUCGCCUGUGCUUGGAUCCCCGCGGAUGGAGAGUUCGGCCGCUGAUCUGUGUGACAGGGUGCAGGCCCUUGAGAAGGAGCUAAAGAGCUGCCAGGCAGAGCUGCACCGGAUCCAGAGACAGCUGAGAUGCAGCGAGCGACUGCACCGGAGCACCGAGAUCCAGAACCAGGAGCUCCAGCGGCAGGUUGAAGACCUUAGAAGAGAAAUCUUUGAGAAGAAUAAAACUACAGAGGAGAAAACGGACCAGGAGGUUCAAACAGAGGACCAUUCCGCUUGGUCACAUUCAGAUUAUUACUAUUAUUCUUCCUAUGCAAAUUAUUACAACACAACAAAUGCCCAUGAAGUGGCUGCCAAGGAAGAUGGAAGCGGCGGCGUUGCGGGUGGGCUGGAGCAGGCUGUAGCUGAACCAAAGGAACAUUCAGAAGCCGUCGGUAGCGGGCAUACUGGAGAACAUUCAGAAAUGGCAUAUGAUCAGAAUACUCUGAAUGAAGAGGGUGAAUCCCUUGCGGAGAGCUUGAGAGCAACUGCAGAAGCUGCCCUUUCUCAGACUGGAUAUACAUAUGACGAAAGCUCUGGGAUGUACUAUGAUCAUAGUACUGGGUUUUAUUAUGACUCGGAAACUCAACUCUAUUAUGACUCUGCUACCGGCAUUUAUUAUUACUGCGAUGUGGAGAGUGGGCGCUAUCAGUUUCAUUCACGCGUCGACCUUCAGUCCUUUACCGACACGAAUUCUCAGCUAACAAAAGAUAAAAAGGCAAAGAAGAAAAGACGUUUACCGCCCAACAACACGCGGGAAGAAGACAAAGGCUCAGAGGAGGUGAAAACAUCUGUAACGUCAUCUAGCAAUAGCACAGCUCAUGACAGGAUAAGUUAUUUUGAAAGGGAGGCGAUUGCCUGUGAAAGAAAGAAGGCUAAGCUGGACAGUUAUAAUGUAGACAUCAGAGAGAGCUCCUCGUCUUCAGAGGAAAGUGAACCAGAGGAAGGUGAAAUCACAGAGAGUGAGAAGGCAUCCAGUGAUGAAGACAUGUCGAGUGGCGAUAGUGUAACUGCAAACGACUCUGAGAUUGAAGAUGUGGAAAAAAUCUGGCCUCCCUGCAUUCGAGUAAUAGUCGUGCGAUCGCCAGCAUUGCAGAAAGGAUCUCUGUUCAUCAUUACUGCCGUGAAAAGCGCUACCAUAGGAAGAGAGAGAGGCAUGGGGCACACAAUAAGAAUCCCAGAGCUUGGCGUCAGUAAGUUUCAUGCCGAAGUCUACUUUGACAACGACUUACAAAGCUAUGUUCUUGUUGAUCAAGGCAGUCAGAACGGCACAGUCAUUAAUGGCAACCAGAUUCUGCAGCCAAAGCAGAAAUGUGAGCCAUGUGUGCUGGAGCACGGCGAUGAAGUGAAGUUGGGAGAAACCGUUCUUUCCUUCCACAUCCACCCUGGCAGCGAUACCUGUGACGGAUGUGAGCCCGGCCAAGUUAGAGCUCAUCUGCGACUCGAUCAAACGGAAGAGAGUUCUGCAGGCCCCAUAUUAAACAAAGAAGAGAAGGAGCUAUUAAGAAGAGAGGGUCUAAAACAAAUAAGAGUGAAAUAUGGUUUACAGGGUGCGGAUUAUGAGGCAAAUAAGGCCGUGAAAAAUCCAAAGUACAAAGACCGGGCAGGCAGGCGCAGACAAGUCGUAGGAAGCGAAGGCAAUUUCCAGAGGGAUGAUGCCCCAGCAUCUGUACACGUUGAAAUUAACGAUGGCAACAAAGGGAGGAAAAUGCUUGAGAAGAUGGGGUGGAAAAAGGGAGAAGGCCUCGGGAAAACCAGCGAUGGCAUGAGAGACCCGAUUCAACUUCAGCUUCGCCAGAAGAAGGCUGGUUUGGGGUCAUCCACCCCGUCUUCCAUUGAGGAAAUUCGGACUGUUACGCAGAAUAAAAAGAACUGGGAAAAAGCGAGGGAGCGCUAUGCUGAGGCCUUUCCGAACAAACAAACUAACGAUGCAAAGAAAUGCAUUUCCUGGACUAAGGAAUCUGCGGAGUGACACAUUAUGUUUGAGUGAUGUUAAUAUGUAUUUGUGUUUAG